CAGCGGGAUCGAGCGAACCGAGUGGAUCCUAUCGCUGGUGAGCGUGGUGCGGAUCGCAAACGAUCGGCAGAUCGUGAGUUUGGACGCGAUAGAAGACGCAGCACCAGCGUAUCGCCAGCGAGAAAAUUCAAGAAGAAGGAAAACGAACCGCCCAUUAGGUUGCUGGAUGAUUUGUUCCGCAAGACAAAGGCAACACCAUGCAUCUAUUGGCUACCACUCACAACGGAGCAGAUUGCCGUGAAAGAGGAACAGCGGCGUAAAAAUAUGGCGGAACAUCAGCGGCGAGUGGAAGAGCAGCGCAAGGCAGAGGAGGAGCGUGAACGUGAGCGCAAGCGGGAACGGGAACGGCGCGAUCGGGAACGUGAUCGAGAGCGGGACCGUGAGCGUGAUCGUGAACGCGACCGUGACCGGGAUCGUGACCGCCGUCGAUCGCGUUCCCGCGAGCGCAGCCGCGACGAUGGUGGACGUCGCAGGCACAGAUAAGCUCACUUUUUUAACAUUACACAGCUGAAUUUUUCAAUUUUUCCUUUUUGAGCCUCGGACAUUCGGAGGGCGGAUUGGAGGACAACGGGGGCGAACUAUUACCAAUAAUUAGGAAUGGUUUUGUCCGUUUCCUGCCUCUUAUGCUUUUGAAUAGCAGAACUGGAUAGGGUGAAGGGUAUUUGAAAUGAGUAAUUGUCGAAUUCGACUUGCUGGAUACUUGUAUCUAUACAAGACCAGUGCCAAUAUCGGAUGAAAUGAUUGAUGUGACCUGACCUGAAUGGAAAAAUAUAAUUGACCAUGAGGAAUGGGCACAUGGCAAAUAAUUGCUGCACCAUCUCACCAGAUUUUGAAUCCAGUUCUUGAACGCAAAGCUGCAUGAAUUUGGCUUAAAGAUGGAUCGUCACUUUGCGCUAAAUUUGCCAUUUGUACAACCGAAUUCUCCUCCGAGCCCUCCCUCCUUCCCUGUACUGAGGCUUACCUAGAACAAGUUAAGAAUAUCCCUAGAGAUUACAUUAGAGCUGGUGAAGUUUUUGCCCCAUGCAUCGGGGAGCUGCAGCCAUCCACAAUGAUGCUGCAUCUUCCGGAUGUGUGGUCAUGUGUGCGUGUGUCUGGAGUGGUAGAAAGAAGCGCAAGAAGCGCGAGCACCAGUCCAAUGAGAAAUAAGAAGAAGCAGAAUAGUAUCCCAUAGUGGAUAAUAAUGCCCGGUGGCAUCACGGUGAAUGAAUCGCCGGAGGAUGCCGCAGGUUGUAAUUGUAAUAAGUAUAGGCACGAGUAAUGAUGACCGCUCAAAGCCUCCCAGAAUAUUCUAGAGAAAAGAAGACGACAGAUAGAUUCUACUGUAUCGCGCCGAUACCUUCGCCACUUCGACUUUGGUCCCAUUCUUAACACAUCAAACCGAUAUCAAGAUGCAACAACGCGCAGUACUGGCAGCGGCAGCAGCACCCAACAGCAUCAGCAGCAGCACCCAACAGCAUCAGCAGCGGCAACACAGCAUCCAUGAUGCAACGCGAAGGAAGAUAGCGCCCAAGAAAGAGGGAACCGACAACUAAAACAUUUCGAAGAUUCCCAGCAGAGUGCGUUAUGGCUUCGUCGGUCCAUAGAUGGUCUUUUCUUUCGAGUUAUAAUUUCCCAGGAUAUCGAUCAUCUCGAACGCAAAAGAACUACCGAUCUUUCCUUCGAUCUUCAGCGUAAACUCUGCUACCGAUCGCGUGAAGCACCUGUGCUUGUGUGAGUGUGUGUGACCGUAAUUAGAAUCGUGUUUGGUGAAAUAAAACUCAUCGAUUGAAUAACAACUAAACUGUAAAACAAUACACACCAACAUUGG